AUGAGAAUUUUUGACGGUAAAAGUCUCGAUGAUCCCGCCCCCGUGGCCCCUACGACCACGACGAAGCCGGAGGAGGAGGAGGAGACGACGGAGCCCUCGCCUGACUCCGCCAGUAGCGCCCCCGUCGCUAAGAGGAAGCGUGGCCGCCCGCCCAAAUCUCAGGCGGCGAAGAAAACGCCGCCGGCCAGGAAGGAGGAAGAGGAGGAGGUCUGCUUCAUCUGCUUCGACGGGGGGAACCUCGUCUGCUGCGACCGCAGGGGAUGCCCCAAGGUGUAUCAUGCUGCGUGUAUCAACCGCGAUGAGGCCUUCUUUCAGACCCGAGGGAAGUGGACUUGUGGUUGGCAUAUUUGUAGCGAGUGCAAUAAGGCCGCCCAGUAUAUGUGCUACACUUGUACAUAUUCUUUGUGCAAAGGAUGCAUUAAGAAAAAAGGAUUUGUAUGUGUUAGAGGGAAGAAGGGUUUUUGUGAACCUUGCUACGACACUGUGAUGAGUUUAGAAUUAAAAGGUCCCAGCAAUGAGGGAAAGGUUGCAAUGGAUGUUCAUGAAAAAAGUAGUUUUGAGUGUUUGUUGGAGUAUUACUGGUUUGAUAUGAAAAGAAGGCUUUCACUGACAGCAGAAGAGCUCCAAAAUGCGAGAAAUUCGUUGAAAGGAUCUGGUUCUUAUGCUCGCAAGGAUGAUUCUUCUUCUGAUGAAUUAUACAAUUGUAACGACGAAGGAGAGGCUAGUUCAGACAGCUCCUCAGGACGUCGCAGAGGUGGCAGUUCUGUGAGGAAGAAACUGAGAAGACGUUCUCGGGCAAUUAUAGCUGAGGAGGAUCACCCUGUUCAACAAGUCGGUAACAUAGCGGCAUCCGUUUCAGAGGACACUGAAUGGGCUUCAAAGGAGCUUUUAGAGUUAGUGGCACACAUGAAAGGAGGUGAUAGAUCAGUUCUAUCUCAAUUUGAUGUGCAGGCUCUCCUGCUUGAGUAUAUAAAACAAAACAACCUUCGUGAUCCUCGUAGAAAAAGUCAAAUAAUCUGUGAUACGAGGCUUGAAAAUUUGUUCGGCAAAGCAAGAGUUGGACAUUUUGAGAUGCUCAAGCUUCUUGAAUCACACUUUCUUAUCAAAGAUGCUUCACAGGGCGUCGCAGAUGACAAUGAGGAGGCAGCUCCUGAUUCUGGUCAAAUGGAUGCUGAUGUGUAUGGUGAUGGAACAACUAAAGGGAUUUCUGAUAAAAGACGAAGAAACCGGAAAAAAGUUGAGGAGAGAGAACCACAAACCAACCUUGAUGAUUAUGCUGCUAUAGAUGUUCAUAACAUUAGCCUAAUUUUCCUUCGCCGAAACUUAAUGGAGGAUUUGCUUGAUGAUGUAGAUAAAUUCACUGAGAAAGUAAUUGGUUCUUUUGUAAGAAUAAGGAUUUCAAGUGCAGUGCAGAAGCAAGAUAUGUAUCGGCUUGUGCAAGUUGUUGGAACAUCUAAAGCCGCAGAAAAAUAUAAAACAGGCAGAAAGAACACAGACUUCAUAUUGGAAAUACUAAAUCUGAACAAGAAGGAGGUUAUAACGAUAGACACAGUCUCAAAUCAGGAUUUCACAGAGGAAGAGUGCAAGCGCUUAAGACAAAGCAUAAAAUGUGGAUUAAUAAAUCGACUCACUGUGGGAGAUAUCCAAGAAAAAGCCAUGGUCCUUCAAGCUGUGAGAGUCAAUGAUUGGUUGGAAAGUGAGAAGCAAAGGAUUGGUCAUCUACGUGAUCGUGCGAGUGAAACUGGCCGUAGAAAGGAGCUUAGAGAAUGUGUAGAAAAGCUUCAGCUUCUGAACUCGACAGAAGAACGUAAUCGGAGAUUAAAUGAAGUUCCAAAAAUACAUUCGGACCCUAAAAUGGAUCCUGACCAUGAGUCUGCUGAUGAAGAAGAAUCUGAUGAUAAAAAGCAAGAUGUCUUCAGUAGACCAAGGGAUUCACAUUUUAGAAAGGGAAAAGAUUUACUCUCUCCAGGAAGGGGAGGUGCUGCUUCAAGUAACUGGAAUGGUGGCCGAAAAGGUUCAAGUGUUGUGUGGGAUUCAAGCAGAAACGAAAGGGUGGAAGGUGCACAAGACAAAACAGAAGCACAAGAAAAAGUUGUUCUCCGAGCCAGCAACUGGGAAGCUGGUACAGAUGCAAAUGGUUUGGAGGCUGCUGUUUGGAAUAACAAUCAAUCUGAAAUUGGUCCUGGACUAUCACAUGGCGUUACACCUGAAACUACAUCAGAAGCUCCAUUAUCUGAGGAUACCAACGAGACAGAGAAAAUAUGGAACUACAAAGAUCCUGCAGGAAAAAUCCAGGGGCCAUUUUCCAUGGUUCAGUUAAGAAAAUGGAAUACUACUGGUUAUUUCCCAGUUGAUAUGAAGAUAUGGAGAGCAUCUGAAAAUGAAGAAGAUUCUGUAUUGUUAACUGAUGCAUUGAGUGGGAGGUUCGAUAAAGAUCUACCACAGUGGGAGCCUCCACAAAGUAACUAUUGUCAGCCUACAACAGUUGUAGCUGACCAGAGCAGUAGUGGAAGAGAAAAUAGUCAUUUAACUUCAGUGGGUAACAGCCCAAACCAAAGCAUCUGGACUAACAUUGUUGACAAAGAGCGCCUGAAUGUUGACGGGUUGGCCUCGCAGUCAGUGAUUGGGUUAGUACACAGAAUAGAAGCGGCCAAUCCAAGGGAGGUAAGUAGGAUGUCCCUGAGGGGCUGGGACUCAUCUAUGGAUCCUAAUGCUUUGCCUGGACAAUCCCAAGUUCACAACGAUCUCAGACCAAUCUCUCCCUUUUAUGGCACACCCCAUGGACCAGCAUCAUAUCAGGGCACUGGAGUUCAGGAAAUUGGGAAUGCUGGGGGAUGGAAUCCAAACAAUCCUGUGGUGACACAGCCUACUGGACACGGAUAUGGUCAACAGCAUUCUAAUUGGGGCCCAUCAAACCGGCCUUCUUCUACAAAUCAGUGGGGAAAUGGUUCAUCAACUCUUCCAAUCCCGACGCAGCCAAAUGGAGGAAUCUGGACUCCACAGGGCACCAUUAACAUGGCUGCAUCCCCUACUACUCCUGGGGUUCAAAUGAUUGGCACUGGCUGGGGAUUACCUCCACCAUCAAUUCCGAGUGUUCAUCCCAUGGGCAGUGGCUGGGGGGCAACAACAAUACCUUCUGCAGUGACUCCUUUUCAACCCAUGAGCAUUGGCUGGGGAAAUACACCACCGACUGGAAUAAAUGGUGGUUGGCACACACACUCUACUUCUAUGCCUAAUGUGGAAAAUCAAAUGAGUGGAUCUAAUGCUGCUCAUAUUCAACGAAAUUCAGUUGAUGUCCCAGGUGGUGGCUGGGGUUCAAAUUCUUCUCUUACGCUAAAUGUAACCAAUCAAAUUAUUGGGUUCACUGCUCCUCAUGUUCAACGGAAUCAGCAGUCUGAUGCUUCACAUGUUAUGCAAGCCCCUUCAGCUGUCUUCCCCGUAAAGGGUGUUAUUUCUCCUAGUAAUCCAGCAGUCUUGGGCUCCUCUUCUAGCGAACAAAGUCGUGUUGUCGGCAAGAGCCAGUGUUUUGAGAGUGAUUGCCCAAGUCCAACUCCAAGUAAUGAGAGGCAGGGGCUCCCUGUAGCACAGCUUGAUGAAGUUGAUAAUGGGAAGAGGUGGUCUGAAGCUAGAGCAUUGGGGAUGUCGGAUAUAUCUAGUGGCUUACAGUCUGAUGCAAUGAAGUCGAGGCCUAGCAGUUUGAUCAAGGAAUGUGAUCCGCUGGACAAUAUGUCUCCUAUAAGAGAGACAGAGUCAAAGCCCACCGGUUGUGUCGAGAAUCAAGAUCUUGAUGGUGAGAUCCACAGUCCUACACCUUCAAGGGAUGGAUGGGAACAGAGUCAGGCCCUGAAACCCGAACCUAUCAUGCAGAAACCUGAGCAUGUAGUAACUGGUGAUUUGGAAGAUGAUGCAAGAAGAGGUUCUAUGUGGUCUUUGCCAUCUCCAACUCCGGCAUCACAACCAAACUGGGGUAUAGCUGCACAAGAUGCGAAUUUUGGUAUCAGAUCGACAGCAGAAAAUCUGAAAACAGGCUGGGGAACCUUGGCCCAGGUGGCUGGAAAUAUGAAUCACGAAGUUCUAGAAGAUGCAAAUGCUAAUCCAAAUUGUGGUUGGGGAUCAUGGCAGGAAACUAUUAUGACCGCUAACCCUGAUGGAGAAAACGGACAGAAUUCUGGUUGGGGAACAGCAAACCAGGGUUCUGGUUGGGGCACUGAACAAGACCAGGGCAAACAAUGGCACAGAGGUGGGCAUGGAAGAGAGUCGAGGUAUGAAUCAAGGCAUGGAAGCUAUUCAAGGCACGGGUGUGACUCAAGACAUGAUUCCAGAUAUGGUGGUGAUUUGAGACAUGGUUCCAGAUCUGGAGGGGAAUCGAAGUAUGAUUUGAAUUAUGAGGGUGAUUCAAGGUAUGGUUCGAGGUACGGUGGUGAUUCAAGGCACGGUGGUGGCAGAAGCCACAAGGGUGAUAGGAUGCAUCAUGAACGUGGAGGUAGGUCCCGAACCCCUCCGAGAGGAGGGGAAGGCCAAGGUCAAGGGAUUUGCAAAUUCCAUGAGAGUGGUUACUGCAAGAAGGGAGCAUCAUGUAAUUAUGUGCAUACAUGAGUUUACUUCAAUUUUGUUUUUUCAUAUGCCUGUAUAAUGUGUCAUAUACCAUUCUCACCCAUCGAAGUAGUAGGAACUUCUUUACAGUGUUAUAUAGAAGAUGGUUCAAUUUCUUGGAACGCGCGUCCUAGAUUAUUGUGGUUAAGCUGGAUUUUUUUUUCUUUU